UGGGGGUCGUGCGUGGGUCGUGGGUCGAGGCUGCUGCUGGUGGUGGGUCGAGGCGGCUGCUGCUUGGUCGGAGGUUGAUGGUGGUUGCUCGAGGCCGCCGGUGUUAGCUGGUGGUGUUCGUGGGUGUACUUGGUGGUGGUGCAUGUUCGAGGGUGUUGUUGAACCGAGCCCAAGCACGCACUCUAGCUUCAAUCUUCAAUCUUUGUCUUUCUCACUCUCAAAUUAGGGUGUGCACAUAUCAUGGAUCCUGAUGAGAACCUUCAUUCUGAUGAGGAUAUAGAUGAUGAUUCUGGGGACGAGUUGUAUGAUGUUAAUAAGGAGACGGAUAUGGGGGAACCGGAAGACCAAGCUUAUGACCAGUUCCAACAUAAGCUUGAUGAAUUUGAGCGUAUAGCUGAAACUGCCCAUCCUAUUAAUGAUAAUGUGGUUACCGAAUUUGUAGGUGAUUCACAUUAUGAAACUCAAAUGCAAAGGCAAGUGAAAAAAACCGGUGGUGGAGGAGGGGUAAAGCCACCGGUGAACAGAAAGAGUAAGGGUGCAACUAAAGCUUUCAAGAAACCUGACGUUCCUAUGGUGCUUGAGUUUGAUGAGUUAGGUCAACCUACUGGCCAAUGGCGCGACAAAUUUUCUAGUCAAGUUGGCAUUCUAACUCGUAAAAUACCAAUCACACUUGAGUUUGCCGAGAUACCUCACGGGUUGCUUCAAACAUUUUGGGACGAUACUAUGGUGCCUGGGCUGCUGCAGGUGCCUGGGCAACAGCCUGGGCUGCUGCAGCUGCCUCGGCAGAGUAUGUUCCAUAUUCCUGAUGAGCCGGCCAAGAGAAAAGUGUUUGAAUCUUUUGUACAAGAGAGAUUCAAAAACUUCAAGAGUUACUUGAGGACGAGAUGGAUCCAUAAGAGAAGAAAGAGAAGACCAAAGAAAAAUGUGCCUGCAGAUUGA